AGAUGGUCAUCGGUCACUAUUUUUUGGCUUAUAAGCCUAGAAUCCAAAUAUAAUCGGAUAAAGCCUGUGACAUCGUGUCGCGGUAACGGUGGUGGCGAUCCCGCCGCUGUAGUCGGAAUGUGCGAUGCCGCUGGACGACCAGCCAAUCUAGGUGCUUACAUUGACCGAUUAGUUGAAACACUGGUAGUGAACAGUACGGGUACACAACAGCAACAACGAAUGGCUAACAUUCAAGUGAAGGAUGAGCAGUCCGAUCUCCCAUUGUCCUAUAAUCAGAUCAAUUGUCUUGAAAAUGUUCAUCGUUUACUGAAAUCACAAUCUCGGCCAGCUAGUCCGACGAAAUGCGAACAGGACGAUUCAACGUCCAGUACGACGACGGCCAUCCCGUUGACGCGAGAAAUCCUUCAAGCACAUACGAGACGAUGGGAAGAGCAGUACCGGGACACUUGGCAUCGUCGUCUGAAGCGGAUGUCGGCUGAGGUACUGCCUGGUGCUCCGGCUUAUAAGCAUAUGCGUCCUGCGUCCAGCUGUACGCCGCCUGCUCACUGGCCAACUGCAAAACGAGAAGAGUUCUACCGUAGUCUCGCACCGAAUCCGCCACCACCGCCGGGAAUCAACUUCCAGAUCACCACCAUUCCGUUGCCUCCUGUGGACGAAAAAAGCACCACUCCAACGUCAACCACCGACCGGUCGAGUGCGUUCACAGCGGUGCCUCCGAAAGGGGUUCCUCUCCGAGAACUGCCCACACCAAUCGCUCUCUCCAUACAGGAACAUGGCUCGGUCAUUCAGACACCAUCCGAGCCCUUAAUGGUCCCUCGUGAGAUGCUCGCUCAACGACUACAAUGGGCCUACGCCAUGGAACCCCUUUCACUUAAACAACACACAAAAGCACUGCGUUUACUGCCAGAAAGUGCAUAG